ACAGCGCGGGGUGGGCGGGGCGAGGGGCCUGGAGCGGCGGCGGCGAGAUGGAGAAGCUGCGCCGGGUGCUGAGCGGGCACGAGGACGAGGAGCAGGGGCUGACGGCGCAGGUCCUUGAUGCCUCAACGCUUAGUUUCGGUACUCGAGUGAAAUGGUUUGCCAUAUGUUUUGCAACUGGCAUUUUCUGUUCCGUUCUUGGGACAGCAUUUCUAUGGCUUCCCUCGGGGCUGAAACUUUUUGCAGUGUUCUACACCAUAGGAAAUAUUGCUGCAUUAGCCAGUACGUGUUUCUUGAUGGGGCCUGUGAAGCAGCUGAAAAAAAUGUUUGAGCCAACAAGAUUAAUUGCUACAAUUGUUAUGCUGUUGUGUUUGAUAUUGACUCUGUGUGCUGUAUUCUGGUGGGGUAAGAAAGGUUUGGCCCUGCUAUUCUGCAUACUCCAGUUCCUAGCAAUGACCUGGUAUAGUCUCUCAUAUAUUCCUUUUGCAAGGGAUGCUGUGAUUAAAUGCUUCACGUCCUGCCUGAGUUAGACUAAACAAAACAAACUAUUCAACAGCUUUUAAAAGCCAACUUUAUAUUUUUGUGAAGUUUACUCAGAAAAAUUAUGAACUUCCACUCCCGAAACAACACUUGCUGACCGUUUUAGUAUUUUCCUUGCCUUUUGCAUGCUGGGGAUUAAAUCAUUUUAGCAGAACCAAGUUUAAAUAUGAGCCAGGUAAGCAGUGUUUUAUCCCUGUCUGAACCAUUUGGAAACUAGCAUAGGUUUAACACUUUAUGCAAUGUAAUCUUAAAACUGUUUGAGUUAGUUUCUGUUAACACAGUUUAAUCCCCAAUGUAGACAAUUCAGGAUUCUGGGUAACAUAUGUAAAAGUUUCAUAUAAAGUUUUGUCUCAUAUUUCUUAUGUGCAAUUACUAUUUGUUUACUCUAUGCGUUUCCCAAAGAUCAGAAUUUUGUAAUUAUUAUAGAGAAAUAUUUUUAGUUAAUUAUAGGUGAUAGGGCUGCUUUGAAAUGUUUGUACAUGUGCAGUAUGGAGAAAGCGUGGUCUGAACAUGAGAGGUCUGGUAAAAGCUUGCUCAGUUUUGUUAUACUUACUUUUUAAGCACCAAUCUUUUCACUUUGAAACUUAAAAUAUAUUUGAUUAAAAUGGCUUAUGGAUAAUAUAUAAAUCAAUGAUUACAAAAUAAAUGAAUUAUUUUAA